CCUCCUCCUCUCCCCCGGCUCCGGGCCCCGUCCCGGUGCUGCUGCGGGUGCCCGCCCCCUCCGCGCCCCUGUCGUCGCCGUUGGCGGAGGCGACGGCGGCGGCCACGAUGUCGGGCCCGGCCAAGAAGCGUCGCUCCCCGGGCUCCCCGCCUUGGCCUGAGCCGGGGGCGGCGGAGGAGGAGCGGCAGGCUCGGGAGAAGAUGCUGGGCGGCCGGGCGGAGGAGGGCGGGGACGGGGUGGCCUGGCAGCGGUCCAUCCCCUGCUCAACGGCGUGGCCAUCAUGCGUCGGCACCAUCGUGGGGUCGGGCAUCUUCGUGACGCCCACGGGCGUGCUGAAGGAGGCGGGCUCCCCGGGGCUGGCCCUGCUGGUCUGGGCCGUGUGCGGGGUCUUAUCCAUCGUGGGCGCCCUGUGCUACGCCGAGCUGGGCACCCACCAUCACCAAAGUCCGGCGGCGACUACGCCCUACAUGCUGGAGGUCUACGGCUCCCUGCGCUUCCUCAAGCUCUGGAUCGAGCUGCUCAUCAUCCGGCCCUCGUCGCAGUACAUCGUGGCCCUCGUCUUCGCCACCUACCUCCUCAAGCCCCUCUUCCCCACCUGCCCGGUGCCCGAGGACGCCGCCAAGCUGGUCGCCUGCCUCUGCGUCCUGCUACUGACAGCGGUGAAUUGCUAUAGCGUCAAGGCUGCCACGCGGGUCCAAGAUGCCUUUGCAGCAGCAAAACUCCUGGCUCUUGCCUUGAUCAUUCUCCUUGGCUUUGUCCAACUUGGGAAGGGUAAUGUGUCUAACCUGAAUCCAGAGUUCUCAUUCGAAGGUACCAAUUUAGAUGUUGGAAAUAUCGUGCUGGCUCUGUACAGUGGCCUCUUUGCCUACGGUGGCUGGAAUUACUUGAAUUUUGUCACAGAGGAGAUGAUAAACCCCUACAGAAACUUGCCUCUGGCCAUCAUCAUUUCGCUGCCUGUGGUCACCUUGGUCUAUGUCCUCACUAACCUGGCUUACUUCACCACGCUGUCCACGGAGCAAAUGCUGACAUCGGAAGCUGUGGCGGUGGACUUUGGCAACUAUCAUCUAGGAGUAAUGGCCUGGAUCAUUCCUGUCUUUGUGGGAUUGUCCUGCUUUGGCUCUGUCAAUGGAUCCCUUUUCACAUCUUCUAGGUUGUUCUUCGUGGGAUCCCGGGAGGGCCACCUGCCUUCGGUUCUGUCCAUGAUCCAUCCUCGACUCCUUACACCGGUGCCAUCCCUCAUAUUCACAUGUGCCAUGACCCUACUCUACGCCUUCUCCAAUGACAUCUUCUCUGUAAUCAACUUCUUCAGCUUCUUCAACUGGCUCUGUGUGGCCCUGGCGAUCACUGGCAUGAUUUGGCUGCGUUUUAAGAAACCAGAAUUGGAGAGACCCAUCAAGGUAAAUCUCAUCUUACCCAUCUUCUUCAUUCUGGCCUGCCUGUUCCUGAUAGCAGUUUCCUUCUGGAAAACUCCAGUGGAAUGUGCCAUUGGUUUUGUCAUCAUCCUCAGUGGGAUCCCUAUCUACUUCUUCGGGGUUUGGUGGAAAAACAAGCCCAAGUGGCUCCUCCAAGGCAUCUUUUCUAUAACAGUCCUGUGCCAGAAGCUCAUGGAAGUAGUCCCACAGGAAUCAUAAGCAGAAGAGAAGAGACACCGAGGGAGAGAAAAUGCACAAUUAUUAUUUUGAAAGUCUAAAAAACAAAUUUCCACUCCCUUGUCAAAUCAAUGUCACCAUCCAGUCACCUGGGUGACAGCUAUCCACCCCUUUGAGGCCUCCUUCUUCUUCUCUCUCCCUCUCCCCAACCAGGCAGCUGAGUGGUGCUCUGAAGAACUCAUGGUACGAAUUUAGUCCAGGAAUCAUUUCCACUAGAUACCUCCGAUGGGCCUCCAGAGCCAUGCGAAAAAUCAUCACAGAUUAUUAGGGAUAAGACUCUGUGUUUGAUGGCUGGACUUCAUUUUAUUGGGUGGGUGUUUUCUCCCUCCCCACCCACCCAGUUUUGUUUUAUUUUUAUGUUGUUGUUUUUUUAAAUUAGGACUAGUGGAUGCCACUGAUGUGAAUUAUUUUUUGGAAGGGGUGGGGUGGAGAGAGAAAACAUUUUUUUUCCAGUGUUGCCAAUAGUACACAUGUGCUCUGGAAGGAACCAACCCUCCCUUUCCCACCGCCCCCAUCACCAAGUGACACAACACUCCUCUGUCCCAUUCUUUUUUCUAAUGCAACCCAGUGCUGCCGAUAUUACUGUUACAAGCUGCAGGGAAGGGAAUCUUCCUUAGACCAAACACUUCUGGGCACAAGUGGAUGAAACUACUGAGACUAGAGACAAUCCUAGUUUUAAAUGUGGACUUGCACUGAUUUUUGACUGUGUUUGACAUCCCCAUGUCUGUCACCCAGCAGUGAUAUUUUCUUUUUUUGGGGUGGGGGGGUUAUUGACAUAAACAUAGUGAUGCUAGUUAAACUGUAAUCCACUGGAUUUAUGUUUGUUGUCUUGAUGACAUAGAUAAUUCCCUCUCCUUUGUCGACUCUGUAAAAAAAAAAGGCAAUAAUUGAGUAAGCCACAACCUCCCAAAUAGAAAUUCUUGCAGGACCUAAUAGCUGUUAACUACAAAAGUUGUUUGCUAGACAGAUCCAUGGUCUACCCUAGGAGCUCCUUGGCCAGCAUCCCAGGAGCGAAAGGAAAAUGGGAAAUGGGAAAAUGGGUUGAGGUGGUGAGAUCCAAAGAGUUCUCUGAGGAACCACUGAAGAUGUCUUCUGUAUUACCUUGGUUCACCCCUCAGACAGCCAGUUGUUCCAGACCUGUGCUCCUGUUCACACAGAGCUAGAUUGCAUGAGCAUGGAUCCCUCUGCACCCGGUAUACGUGCCAGCUAUUCCUCUGAACCUGUGCGUGUUCCAGGGAAUUGAUUUCAGAGGUUUGUUACCUUCCAAGUCAAGAGCACAGCAUUAGUUCACCUGGCAGACUCUCACUGAACAUGCUCCAAAUCUUAGAUGAUCCUUAGAUCUGGGGCACCAACAAGCGAAAGUGUUGAUGCUUACGUGGGUGCUUGCAGGGUCGUGUGUGUGCUGUCCCUUGAGCGUCAGUAAAAUCUUCCUAUUGUGAACUUCCCACCCCUGAUGCAGGUGAAAUUGGCAAGCAUCAUGUCUGUUGGCUGUGCCCCAGACGGGCUGUGGGUUGCAAUGGUGAAACUUGGAAGCGAAGUCUAGGUGGGAGAACAGUUUGUGUGCUCCAUUUUACCACUUCUUGCAGGAGAAUGGCUAUGCCCCAUGCACCCAGAUGGCACUGAGUAAGUAGGUGAGGGUGACAUUCUCUGCUCAGCUUCAUGCUCUCUUUCAAGGAGUACCAGUCCCUGGAGUUGCAUUUAGAUGCCUGUUAAGAAGGUUUGGUACUCUCCCCCCAAACUAGGUGCCUUCUCAGGCUUCCUGUAGGGAAAGAGAUUUCACUUGGACCCCUCGAGUGUAAAUACCUACAUGCAUAUACUGUUCCAUCACCCUGUUCUACACAUUGAAUUAGGAAUGGCCAGGAAUGGAAGGAAUCUGUCGCUUUACAUAGAAGGAACUUAAAUCUUUAGUAUCUUUAGUAGGCUCUUUUAAGCCUUAGCUGCAACUUGAUUGCCCCCUCUUUUUUACACAAUUAAAUAAAAGCAUGGAAAACUCCAGUGGGAGGAGAAUGCAUCCCUUUAGAUUUCAGGCCAUUUAGGCUCCCUUUCCUGCUUCCUUAGUUGGGAGGAAGCUGGUGAUUUGCCACUGUUCUGAAAUGACUUGGUCUGUGGCAUCGGGAAUGGUGAUGGAAAGCAGAAUUUGGAGAGAAUGUUCGGAAAUAAGGAAAGAGAUACAGUUCAAAUGGUCAGCUAGACCAAGUGGAUAAAGAUCCCCCAGGAAAAUAGAGUCUGGAGUUUACCAAAGUUGUAUGACAUUAAUACUCUCUCAUUCCUACCUUACUGUCCACUAGUUUUCUUAGCCAACAGUAUGAAGGUGGGACCAGGGAUCAGUGGGUUUCAGAAAAACAAUACUGGUAUGAGUUGCCUCCAGAGAAGAAGGCUCCACUCUCAUAGACUGUGUCAUCUAGAUGCACUAACAUCAAACCAACUUGGGACUGCGUGUCCUCUAAAUGGCCACUUUGACACCAAUUCCAAGUUCUAGUCAGUUUUUUUCAUAUGACUCUCAUGUGGCACCGUGGCCCAUUUUCUACCUCUUUCCUGUUUUAAUUGUAGAUUUCUUUUCUGCAGAACACAUGUAAAGUCCAAGCCACAUCUCUGGUGAAGUUGGAGCAUGUAGCAUAAAAUUAGCACAAUUAAGCAUCAUCUCCAAGUGUGAGAUUAUGAUUUUGGUGUAGGAAUCCACGGGGAGGCAAUUUUGUUCAAAGUAAUCCCCCGAUCAGGAAGCACAUGAUUUAAUUUGCAGACUCUGAUGUGUGCAACGCAGGGAGACAAUGUCACUAUUUAUUUAAAGCCAAGGGGCUCUCAACUGCUAAAGGCCGAGGAACCCUAUGGUUCUGUUCCAAACUCCGUGUAUCAGUUUCCUUUUUUGCUCCGUUUGACCCUACUAUGAGGCUGUAAGGAAAAUACUCAUUGGAGCCAGCCUCUUUCUGUAGGAAAAGAAUGAAUGAAUUUGUAAGGAUGAUGCAAGCGAUCCAUCUUUCCCUGGUGUUACUAUAAUGUUAUAUCUUGCCUUUACUGUGGGAUAUGAAAGGAUAUACUUUAGAAAAUUCCCUCCCUCUUGUGUGAACAUAAUAAGUCCCGACAUUGUUUAUCGAAGUGAAUCUAGUGCAACUGGUUACUAAAACUUGUGUGAAAACAGAGGGGGGUGAUUAAAAAAAAUGUGUUCAACUUUU